CGAGUGUGCCUCUCGCGAUAUCUGAGUGUGCGCGCGGCCGAGCGGUCUUUUCCGGAGCUCAGCCGGCAAGAUGGCGGAAGUCGAGCAGAAGAAGAAGCGGACCUUUAGGAAGUUCACUUACCGGGGCGUGGAUCUGGACCAGCUUCUGGAUAUGUCCUACGAGCAACUGAUGCAGCUGUACAGCGCCCGGCAGAGGCGACGGCUAAACAGAGGCCUGCGCCGCAAGCAGCACUCGCUCUUAAAACGCCUGCGCAAGGCAAAGAAGGAAGCGCCUCCCAUGGAGAAACCCGAGGUGGUGAAGACCCACUUGCGGGACAUGAUCAUCUUGCCCGAGAUGGUGGGAAGCAUGGUCGGCGUGUACAACGGCAAGACCUUCAACCAGGUGGAAAUCAAGCCUGAGAUGAUCGGUCACUACCUGGGCGAGUUUUCCAUCACCUACAAGCCUGUCAAGCAUGGCCGGCCCGGGAUUGGAGCCACCCAUUCUUCCCGCUUCAUCCCUCUGAAAUAAAUGUCAACUGGAAAAGCCCUUCUGUAAAUAAAGAGGCUCUUCCUAUUC